CUCGGAUGGUAAGAGAAGAGGAAAACAAGCAUUGCAUCGGUUGGCGCGAAAUCGGCAACAAACCCUAAUUUAUCCAACCGACCCUUCCUCUUCCUCUUCCUCUUCCUCUUCCUCUUCUUCUCCUACCUAAACCCUCAUAAACCCUCCUCUCUCCCUUUCUCUCCAGAUUACAAUUUCCAUGACGAUUCUUCGAUCUCGCGAAAUCCCAUCUGUCUCACCCAAGCCACUCCCUAAAGAAUCCGACACUGAGCCGUCGACUCCCGCUCGUACACUAGAGCCCGAACUUCACCGCUCGCCGGAUGAGACCGCUCCUGAAUUGGGUCUUGUUGAUGAACCCACUCACACUACCCGGAGACGUAGUCUUCGUCUUGCACACCAAUUUGACGGCGAUGAUUGUGUCACUGAGAAAGAGGUUAGUGUGGAUGAAAAGUUUUUGAGUUUGCGUUCAGGGAAGAGAGUUGCUAAGAGAGGUGUCGAUUAUGGAAUUGAAAUUGAGUCUAGCAAGUUUGAUUUCGAUUUAAAGUUAGGAGAAAGUGCGAGUAAAACAAAGAGGGUUUGUGUGGAUUUGGUUGAAGAAACUAUUGUGAAGAAUGAAUCAGAGGAUAGUGUGGAUUUGGAAGAUAAGAGUAGUAGUGGUGUGUUAGGUGACUCGUUAGCGGAGAAGUGGUAUGUAGUAGAAGUAGAGAAUGAGAGCAAUAACAAAGGAAAGGGGAUAAUGGAAGAUUCCUAUGGAGAAAGUGAUGUGAUUUGUGGUCAGAGUUAUGAGAAGCAGAGUAGUUCUAUGGGUAGAAGAAGAUAUACUAGGGAGGAGAAGGGAAAGGGUAUUAUGCAGGUGGAGGAUGUUUCUUCUCCGGUAACGGUUGAGAUUGUCGAAGUUGAUGAAGAAGAAAUGGAAAUCGAGAGCUUGGUUAACAGUGAGAAGCCCCCGGAUGUCUCUGUAACAGAAUUGGCUGCGACGAUGGCUAAUGUUGAGCAAGCGCAGAAUCGAGAAAAUAGUAAUGAGAUUGGAAACGAUUCAAGAACUCAGCACUUUCGUGACAUUGCAGAGAGGAUUGCUCACAGAUUUGCUCAUUUUGAUGCUCAAGUGGAGGAAGAAGAGGAUUUGUCAGAUAAAGAGGGGGAGCAGCAGGUCGAAGAUUGGCCGGGUCCUUUCUCUACUGCUAUGAAAAUAAUUAAGGACCGAGAAGAGUACACGACUCCGCAUGUUGGUAUUGGCGUCUCCAACAAAGAAAGAUCUUCACCAACUAUUUGGGUUCCCAGAAGUAACUUUAGUUUCCCCCCUCGGAAGGCUCCAUCUCUGCAAGAAUUAUCCUUGCGAGUUCUUGUCAAGAAUGCUGAUGCCAUCACUUCUCUUGACUAUGUUCCAGACACAUUGAGGGUCAAACUUUGUCAAUUGCUUUGUGAUUCUAGGAGAAUGGACCUACACUUUCUUGAUCUUCUUGUCCAGGGAUCUCCAACAGAAAUUUGUGUUCCAGAUUGCUCAUGGCUGACCGAGGAAGAGUUCACUGAAUGUUUUAAGAACUGUGACACCAGCAACUUGAUGGUUCUUCAACUUGACCAGUGUGGGCGGUGUAUGCCAGAUUAUAUAUUACCCUUCACUUUAGCAAGGUCACCAAAAGUGUUGCCGAUGCUAUCUACUUUAUCUAUAAGUGGUGCAUGCCGGCUUUCCGAUGUGGGGCUACGACAACUGGUUUCCUCUGCUCCUGCGAUUACGUCUAUUAAUCUCAACCAAUGCUCUCUUCUAACAUCAUCUAGCAUUGAUAUGUUAUCUGAUUCAUUGGGGUCAGUUUUAAGGGAACUGUAUAUCAACGAGUGCCAAAACAUUGAUAUGAAGCAUAUUCUCGCAGCAUUGAAAAAGUUUGAGAAGUUGGAAGUAUUGUCCCUUGCGGAUCUUCCUUCUGUCAAGGGUCGGUUCUUGAAGGAGUUUGUUACUGCUAGAGGUCAGACCCUGAAGCAGCUGAUUUUGACCAACUCUCGGAAGUUAUCUGAUUCUUCUAUUAAAGUCAUCUCUGAAAACUGUCCCAAUUUAAGCGUCCUUGACCUGGCUAACGUAUGCAAGCUGACAGAUUCUUCUCUGGGUUACCUUGCAAAUGGCUGUCAAGCGUUGGAGAAAUUGAUUUUUUGUCGCAACCCUUUCAGUGAUGAAGCUGUAGCUGCAUUUGUAGAAACCGCAGGUGGUUCUCUGAAGGAGCUAUCACUAAACAAUGUUAAGAAGGUUGGCCACAACACGGCCCUAGCACUUGCCAAACAUUCAGAUAAACUGCAGAUUUUGGAUAUAUCCUGGUGCCGAGAAAUGUCCAACGAUUUAUUAGGCUACAUUGUCGAUAACAGUUCAUCUCUGAAAGUGUUGAAGGUCUUUGGAUGCAGUCAGGUGACGGAUGUAUUUGUUAAAGGUCACUCAAAUCCUAAUGUCAAGAUCUUAGGUGUGAAGAUGGAUCCUUUCUUAGGCCACCUUUCUGAUAACUGAAAGAAACUCGAAAUCUCCCUCUGCUUUGCUUCUUUUUUGGAGAAGUGCAGAGACGAUUUUUACUAAUUGUCCAAACAUGUGGUUUAUCUUUGAUUUUGUAAUCUAGUAUUUAUUAAAUCGGCAAGAUCAAAGUUUACUUAUGUUUUUGAAUUCGAAUUAGUAAAUACCUUUGAUGAACCAUGUAAGUC